GAUCCACCAGUUUCCAGGAGGUGUUAUUCAAUGGUCAAGAUUUCGCAGAAAUGCUGAUGAAUACCAGAACAAGGAAGAAAUGGCGUUUGGAACAAGUAUCAAUGCUCAGCGUUCCAAGAUCAUGUUUGGGACUCUGCUGAUCAAAAGCAAAGGGUUACGUGCUCCACACUGGCAUUUCAAUGCCAACGAACAGGGUUACCUCUUAAAGGGAACUGCAUGGAUUGGAGUUGUUGAUGCUGGUGGAGAUACAAUAUCUACGUACAAUGUCACGGCAGGACAGAUUAUUUUCUUCCCUCGAAAUACCUUGCAUUGGGUCAAAAAUGUUGGUACAGAAGAGUGUUUGUUCUUGCUGUUUUUUACAACUCAUGAGGAGCUUCAGACUCUAGACCUUGACGAUACAUUUUUCUUGACACCCAAAGACAUUGACGCAAGAUCUCUAAAGCCUCAGGGCGGUAUAGAUUUCAUCCGGUCAUUCCAGAAGCAAGCAGAAGACCAGGCCAUCAAUCUUCCACCCAACCUAGCAGAGCUUGUUCAGAAUGCCAACUAUAACCAGUCUGCAGAUAGGCUUGUAUGGCGGUACUUCUUUGACCUAAAAGGAUCCUCCAAAUUCCGGUUUCCAGGGGGAGUCAUCCAGUGGGCUCGGUAUGUAAAAGAUGGAAAAGGCUUAAAACCCAAUGAAAAUUUUUACAGUGAAUUUCUCCAUUCGAAGGAGGAUGCUCUUACUUUAGCAACACUCCAGAUCUUCAGCAAUGGUUUACGACAACCUCAUUUCCAUUUCAAUGCCAAUGAAAUGGGCUAUGUCAUCAGCGGCUGCGGAAAGGUGGGUGUUAUUGUUUCAUCUACUCUUUCUACUGACUUUAGCAUUGAUGUUGGAGAUGUUGUGUUCUUCCCAGUUGGAACCCAACACUACAUCAAGAGCACCUGUGAUGAGGACUUGCUUCUCAUUUUGGCAUUCAGCACCAACAACCAGCUGCAAACUCUAGAUAUGGAUGACUAUUUCCAUGCAACAGCAGACCAUAUAUUAGCCCAGCUGUUCUUCAAAAAGCAAGCUGAAUUUAAGAAGAUCCCAAGGUUCAAAGAGGAUCAGGCAAUUAAUCUACCAUAG